AAUUCAAGCAGAAGAAAACCUAGUGAGAAGGCACCAAAUGUUUUGAUUGACUGCUAGCAAAACUGCGCUUACUUGCACAGCGAGUCGCACAUCAUGUCAUGGAUCGAGCUAACCUUAAGGCACGAAGCAUCACAACCUGCCAACAAACUCUAUAGCAAGGCACCUUCCUCACAAAUUGGUAGUUCAUAUUUUACAAGAAAACUACAACUUCUCCAAAACAAUUCAAACAGUCGCAAGUAAAAAUUAUUGAGCAGGGGCCAUACGUUUUCAUUGACUGACUUUGAAGCUAAAUCCCAAAAGCAUCCAUUCAGGCAUCUCGUUGAUUCCCCGUGUAUGCAUGGGUGACUACAAAACUGAGUGCCACUAGAGUAGUAUGGUGUAAGUAAAACAUCGCCUCAAUCAAAUAGCAAUGGCGUCCCUAGGUGUCUUCGCUCUUGUUUGGCUUCUUUCUAUCUUCACCACAUUUUCCAAUUUGUUAGCCACCUCCAAUGAUACUGAAAAUGAUCGACAAGCUCUCCUUUGCUUCAAGUCCCAGAUCUCUAGUUCAGCACAGGCUUUCGUCUCAUGGAGCAAUGCAUCGUUGGAAUUUUGCAACUGGCAUGGAGUCACUUGCAGUGCACUGUCUCCCCGUCGUGUCAUUGAGCUAAACCUUCCAUCAGAAGGAAUCACAGGCCCCAUAUCUCCUUGCCUCGCCAACCUCUCAUCUCUUGAAAAGAUCCAACUAUCAAACAAUAGCUUCCAUGGUGGCAUACCAUCCGAGUUCUGCCUCCUGCGCCAACUGAGCUACCUCAACCUCAGCAUGAACUCCUUGGAAGGUAAUAUCCCGGCUGACCUCUCUUCAUGCUCCCAGCUUCGAAUCCUAGGUUUGUGGAACAAUUCUCUCCAAGGUCAGAUCCCACCUGCCCUAAGUCAAUGCAGGCAGCUUCAAGAGAUUAACCUUAGCAACAACAAGCUCCAAGGGAGCAUCCCAUAUGCUUUUGGGAAUCUUCAUGAGCUGCAAAUACUAGAUCUUUCCAGAAAUAAUCUUGGAGGCAACAUACCGCCAGCAUUGGGCUGCAGCCUUUCUCUCACUUACGUUGAUCUAGGGAGCAAUGCUCUCACUGGGCGCAUACCAGAGUCCAUCAUGAACAGUUCAUCACUUACAGUUAUAUCCUUACAACAGAACCAACUUGUUAGUUCUAUACCACCUGUUAUUGGCAUCUCUCCCCCUGUUAAACAUCUUGAUUUAGGAGAGAAUUGUCUCUCAGGAUCAAUACCUUCCUCGAUAGGGAACCUUUCCUCCCUAGUUUCUGUUUAUCUUAAUCAAAAUAAACUAGUUGGGAGCAUACCAGAGUCCUUAGGUAAUAUUGCAACACUAGAAAUAUUGGACUUGAAUGAAAACAACUUGUCAGGGCCUGUUCCAAAAUCUCUCUUCAACAUGUCCUCCCUGACAUAUAUUGCUGUGGCCGAGAACUAUCUUAUUGGACAGUUGCCUCCGGACAUUGGCUUCAUGCUUCCAAGUAUUCGGGGGUUAAUCCUCACGGGAAACAAAUUUGAAGGCCCAAUCCCGAUUUCUCUUCUCAAUGCAUCCAACCUCCAACUGCUUGAGCUAGGUAACAACAGCUUAAGUGGGCUCAUUCCAUUGUUUGGGUCAUUACCAAAUUUAAAAGUACUUGAUCUGGGCAACAACAUGCUAGACGCUGGCGACUGGGCCUUUAUGUCUUCACUCUCAAAUUGCUCCAAACUAACGAGACUUUUAUUGGAUGGGAACAAUCUCCAAGGGAAAUUGCCAAGUUCUUUUGGCAAUCUUUCAAAAACCAUAGAGAUGCUGUGGCUAAGAAAUAACAGCAUUUCCGGGCCUAUACCACCAGAGAUAGAUAAUCUGAGGAAUCUUAAUGAGCUGUUCAUGGAUUACAAUCUUUUCAUUGGUAAUAUACCACAAAGAAUUGGAAAUUUGCACAAUUUGCGCGCUUUAUAUUUGUCACAUAACAAGCUCUCAGGCCAAAUCCCUGAUGUCACUGGCAACCUUGUUCAGCUGACUGAAUUGAAACUGGAUGGGAACAACUUGAGUGGAAGGAUACCUGAAACUAUAGGACACUGUAACCAACUCCAAGAGUUCAACGUUGCUCACAACUCACUAGAUGGGAGUAUACCAAGCAAAAUAUUCCAAAUUACUACACUCGAGUUUGACUUGUCACACAAUUACUUGUCUGGACGAAUACCAGAGGAAGUUGGCAACCUCAUCAACCUCAAAAAACUUAGCAUCUCAAAUAACUUAUUGUCAGGCAAUAUCCCAUCCAAUCUUGGCAGGUGUGUGGUUCUGGAGUAUCUUGAGAUGCAAAACAACUACUUCGCCGGAAGCAUUCCACAAUCUUUCAUGAACUUGGUAAGCAUCAAGGAUAUGGAUAUUUCUCGAAAUAAAUUGUCUGGAGAGAUCCCGGAGUUCCUCGCAUCCUUGAGUUCUCUGCAACAUCUCAAUUUAUCCUUCAACAAUUUCAAUGGAGCAGUUCCAAGAGACGGAAUUUUUGACAAUGCUGGAGCCAUGUCCAUAGAAGGGAACGAGCAUUUGUGCACAAGUGUUCCAACAGAAGGUAUGCCUCUUUGUUCAGGAUUCGCCAACAGAAGGAGACAGAAGAUCUUGGCACUGGUACUGGAGAUAGUAAUGUCAGUUGUUGCUGCAGUUAUAAUUAUUUUUUCCACUCUAACUGCCAUUCAUUGGAAGAAGAGAAUGCAAGUAAAUUCAAAUUUGCCAAAACUCAGUAAGCACAUUAAAAAGAUUUCAUAUAGAGAUAUCAUAAAUGCAACAGAAAGGUUCUCUUCUUCUAAUUUAAUUGGGUCAGGGUCAUUCGGAGUGGUUUAUAAGGGUAAUCUACAUCACCUUGAAGAUCAAGUUGCCAUCAAGAUUUUUAAACUUGACAUAUAUGGGGCGGACAGGAGCUUCUUUGCAGAAUGUGAAGCCCUAAGAAACCUCCGCCAUCGAAAUCUAGUAAAAAUAAUUACUAUAUGUUCUUCAGUGGAUUAUACAGGGUCAGCCUUUAAGGCCCUAGUGUUCCAAUACAUGUCAAAUGGGAACCUGGAUUCAUGGCUGCAUCCAACAGCCCAUGAUCGCAGGCAAAGAGAUAUUCUGACUUUAAGCCAAAGAAUCAAUAUAUCUUUGGAUGUAGCAUCUGCUUUGGAUUAUCUUCACAACCAAUGUGCAGCUCCAUUGAUACACUGCGACUUGAAGCCAAGCAAUGUUCUUUUGGACCUGAACUUGACUGCAUAUGUCAGUGACUUUGGCCUAGCAAGAUUUCUACACGUCAGAAAUUCACAAAUAGAUUGUACGUCAACUCUGGCUUGUCUCAAAGGAUCCAUCGGUUACAUACCACCAGAGUAUGGCGUGAACAAAGAGAUAUCAACUAAGGGCGAUGUUUAUAGCUUUGGAGUGCUUCUGUUAGAAAUGAUAACAGGGAGUCGCCCAACCGAUGAAAAAUUUAGUGAUGGUACAGACCUGCAUGGCUUUGUAGAAAGAGCGUUUCCAGAGAAGAUCCAUGACAUUGUUGAUCCCACGAUGCUACAAGCUGAAAUUGAUGCAGCAGAGGUCAUGAAGAACUGUGUCAUUCCACUGGUACGAAUAGGACUCUCCUGCUCCGUAGCAUCGCCAAAGGAGCGGCCUGAAAUGGGACGAGUUUACACUGAGCUCCGUAUAGUCAAGCAAAAGUUGUCAUACACCAAUGAUAACUGAAACGGAUUCACAAGAUGGGCAGCUCGUUACGAGAAAUUAUAGUCAAGCAAAAGUUGUCAUACACCAAUUCAUAACAAAUGUACUAACUGAUGCUUUAGGCUAUGCAUCUAUGCAUUUACAGUCUGUAUGGUUUCAAAUGUGCCUGCAUCUGCAGAACUAUUAUCCCUUCUAGCAUCUUCAGUUCAUGCCAUCCUGCUU